AUGAAGUCGGAAAAGCUGAAAAGAAACUUUUGGAUAUCGGCGGAAAUAGAAUGUAUGCUGAAUUUGAUAAAGGAAGUGAACAACUCACAAGGCGCUCUGUCCACAAGCACCACCCAAUAUACAUUUAUUCAAAUAGCAAGCCAAAUGAAAAAGCGUGGAUUCCCAAAUAAAUCUCCCACUCAAAUCCGAAGAAAGUGGUUUCAAAUGAAAUCUGCUUAUCUCUGCUAUAAGAAAGGAAACCUUGACCGAUUGUUUCUAAUACCCGAGAAAUUCCGAAACGUUAUAGCACAAUUUGUGGAGAGUGGGGAAAAAAUCGGACGGUCCAAUUUGUCGACGAUUUCCACGGGAACACUUCCCCCAGCCCAACAACAACAGCAACAAAAACAACAUCAAAACCAUUCCAAGCAAGAAGUUAAAGCUUUUCCAGAUGUUCCUAAAGAAGAGGCCUCCCCCAUGGAAAAGUUUCUCAACCAAAUCAGGAAAAAUAAUAAAUUGGUCAAUGCGGAGUUUACCAAAUUGGAGGAAUCUCUGAUUAUAUAUGAACAAAAAUGUCAAUUUAUUAGAGAUCAAAAUAUUAUAAAGUUUAUUAAUGAUUAAAAGAAAAAUAAAUAAAUUAGUAAUAUACAUGAGUA